AGAAAAUCAUAAAUAAAAAUAGAAUAAUGUUCAUCUCAAUAUAUAUAUAUAUAAAUCAUAUCAGAGACAUGAUGAAGUACGAUAAUAACACAAAUAUAUAUGAGUACUAAAUCAUUUAAAAAAACAGAAAUAGAAAAGAACCAAACAAACAUACGGUGUUGCAUGAAUUAAUAUGCUAAUAAUGAAACCCAUGCGAAUAAUGAUGGUAUGAUAAACCGCUAGUAGAUGCAGCAGCCAUGGUCACCAUGCACCUUCAUGAGGCAGAGAAGAAGUAGCUAGUAUAUGAUCAAGUCGGGGAAGAUUCAAGGAGCAAUGGGUUUGGGGAGGUCAGGGAGAUGGGGCAAUUCUGGUACUUUUGGGAAUUCAGGUUUUGGAAUCUCUGGCACUUUAGGCAGCUGUGGCACUUGAGGUUUUGGGAAAGCUGGGACCUCGGGUUUCGGAAAUUCUGGAACUUGGGGUUUUGGAAUAUCAGGCUUUGGCAAUUCAGGAACUUGAGGCUUAGGGAUUUCAGGUUUUGGAAGCUCUGGAACUUGGGGCUUAGGAAUUUCAGGUUUUGGCAGUGCUGGAACUUGGGGCUUUGGCAGCUCUGGAGUUUCAAGCUUGGGAAAUUCUGGAACAACUGGCUUAGGGAGGUCAGGUUUUGGCAAUUCUGGAACUAGAGGCUUGGGGAUUUCGGGUU